CAGUGAGGCAUCCUCGUGCUCUACAAAAACGGCGCUUCUGUAUCCCUUGGCCCCUUCCCCUCAUCAAUCGCAGUCGUUGCGGCAGAGUCGACACAACUACAUAUCUUCAGCGACACAUUGUCGCCAUCGACCACCGACAUACGUCUUUCUCACGCGCUAGUCUCUUGAGCGGUCAGUCACAAUGGAUGGAGACCCAGACACAGCCCCGACAGAAUCACUCGAUGAGCCUCCCGUCGAGUCAGAGGCUAUUCCGGACGAACGCGAGGCUGAUCCUUCAGGCGAAAAUCCGGCAACAACGAUGGAUCGCGAGGAGCCCACUACCGCCAGUGAUAACAAUGGCCCAAUGGAGACAUAUGAGUCGCAGUCGGCCGGGGAUGGAAUUAUCAUCAACCAAAUCAGCGUCGUGGAAGAGGAAGGGGAGGAAGCUGAGGUGCUGGAGAACGCUGGCUCAGACCCACUCGACACGAUUGCACCCCGGCCCACUGAAAGCCCGACCUUGAUGGCCGACUUUGCACCUGCACCACCAACCACCCCUCGUCCCGGCGCCAACGCCGAGAUGCUCGAUGCAAGCGGCGCGAGUCAAACAGAGCAGCCCAUCGCUGAAAGCUCUGUGGUGACCGAUGCCUCUGCAGGCGACGGAGCAACUUAUACUGUCCCAGUCGACCUCCAUCCGGCACAAGGUCCAGAUGCACAGAGUCAAGCGAAUGAAGCGACGAAGCCAAACGACCCGCCGGGCGAUCACCCGGAUGUCGGAUCCGUGGCGCUGGGACCCAACGAUAUCAAGUCCAACCUGAAUCUGUGGUAUCGAAAGAAAUACAUGGGUGGAUAUCGCAAUACGGCAACCGGAACAGAAUACUUUCACGGAACCACCCAGACCACCACGCCGCAGGAGAAACGGGCAGCGCUCAAUAUCCUCAAGUUCCACCGCGACACACAGACCAAGUUUAUCCACCACCGGUUUUCCCAGUGCCGAGUUGACUCGUUUACUCAAAUGGAACGACCCGGAGUGUUUAUAUCGAGCGAAAGCGACUACUUUUGUCGGCCGAGGAGAUACGUCACGGCCGAGGAGCACCACAAGAUGAUUGUAAAGAACGUGAUCAGAAUUCAGUGCUUUGUGCGGCGCUGCUAUGCCAUGCGGCUAAUCAAGCGUCUCAGAAAGGAACAUCAUGAGCGGAUGGAAGCCAUGGCGGCGAGGGAAGAACGGCGCAGGCUGUUGAUAGAACGGAAGCGCCAGAAGGAAAUGGAGUCUCGCAUCCACCCGAAAUCCAACAAGGAUUUCGAGGUUUUAUACAAUGGACUCGAAAGUAAGCUUCGAAAGCUCGAGAAGGAAUCAAGCAAAAUCAACCGGUCUGGGUAUUCAGAUCCCGCUCGGCUCGCUGCCCUGGCCGAGCUCCUGGAUCAAGAAGCAGCGCUCAUCCAGAAAAUCGAUCGCCUCAAGAUUGCAGCCUCCGAAGAAAACCGCGAGCGCGCGGUUAUUCGUCUGCUCGACCAGAUGGCAAGCCCAAAGCGCUGGCCCGCGGCCAAAAACACCGUCUGUCUCGUUGACACGCCAAACACACUGCGUGCCCGAGAGCUGCGUGAUCUGUUUCAUGCGCUGAACAUUCCGCUGCUGUCGGUGGACGAGCGCCUGCAGAUCUUGCUCCAUGUCAAGUACACCGUCAAGGAAUUUGACUGUAAUCUCACCAGGGAAAUCGUGGAUCUGAUCGACCGAGAGGGUGACUUGGUCAGCCGCGGUAGAGAUGCCCGCAGUCUCGAAGGGCUGCGGAAACGAAUCGGGAAUCUGUUUUUACAGUUCAUCCAGACCCCCGAGUUCAACCCGGAGGCGCUGGCACAUCAACAGUAUCCGGAAUCGAACCAGGCAUGGAAGCGAGACCAGUCGGUGUACUAUUGUCGAGGAUGUACUCGGUACCUGCCCUCGACUGCAUUCUACCUCUCGACAACCAUGAAGCACCUGGGCAAAUGCAAGGCAUGCACCCUCAACUCCAACAUCGCCACCACUCGCAACGACGAUUCGACCUAUACCGAGAUGCUCAAAUACGCCAAGACACGGGAGCUCGAGAAGCGCCGGAUCACCGGAAUGCCUGAGGAUGCCCACUACAACGCCAUGUCGCUGCUGCAAGAAUCAGAUCUCCGGUACUUGGUCGACACCAUCUGGAACAAGCAGAGUGCUGUCAGCGGGUCCAAGAACAUGGACGACCUGUGUAUCACACGGUGGAACCCACGGAUCGAGCUGUCGCCCUGGAACUGCAUCCUACUCACCAAGACAGAGGCAAGCAACCACGAGACUCAAAACAAUCCCGAGGACCUCUACAGCGAGGAGUUUGUCCGAAAGGUGUCUGGAAAGCACAUGGCCGCAAAGAAGCACUUUUCUCAGCUGCCGAGCAUGGAGCGUUACAUGAAGAAGAUGUAUAUUCCAUCUGCGGAGACGUCACAGACUCUGGCAUCACAGGGACUCGCACCCAAGCCGCGGACAUCACAGACAAUUGCGUCUCAGUCGCUUGCAUCACAGGCACUCGCCGCUCCGACGAUUGCUUCACAAACGCUAGUGUCUCAAACCUUGACACCGCAGCGAUCGGCAGAGCUACAGGUGUAA